AGCACCUGUGUAGCCAUGACAUCCCAGCAGCAGAGUGGCCUGUCACAGCUUGAGGAAGCCGGCCAGCGCGUCACUGGAAUGCUGCUGGAACUUUCCACGCGGCCGUAUAAAAGCAGCAGUGCUACUGGCUACUGGGACAGAAGCAAGCAAGAGACCAAACAGCCCAGCCGCCAAGUAAACAGCUGCCGCCUGCCCUGCGCCCUUUACUUCAACCGCAUAGCACAGCCACAGCAGCAGCCACCCGCAGAUCUGCAGCUCAACAUGCUUUGCCCAAGCGCAUUCCACCAGCCCGCCGCCCUCAGCCCAUUCAUGGACUUCCACUGGCCCGUGCGCAGCCUGUGGCCUGAGACGAGGCCGCUGUUCUUCCAGAUGGAGCAGGAGAUGAUGAGGCACAUGCAGGAGAUGAGGAACAACAUGGAGUUCAUGGAGCGCCUCCACCAGAAGAUCUUCAACGAGAUCGACCAAGGCAUGUCCCUCACCACCUUCAAGCCCAUCACCUUCCAGGUGGGCAAGAGGGGCGAGCAGUUCGCCGUGACGCUGGAGACCAAGGACUACGCCCCCGGGGAGCUGGAGGUCAAGCAGGUGGGCAGGAAGCUGCGGGUCAGCGGCAAGACUGAGAAGAAGCAGGACGAUGGCAAGGGCUCCUACUCCUACAAGAGCCAGGAGUUCAGGCAGGAGUUCGACCUGCCCGAGGGGGUGGAUCCAGAGACUGUCACCUGCUCGCUCGCCGAGGGCAGACUGCAGAUUUCGGCGCCCAAUAAGGCCCUGCCUGAGGGGGGCAAGGAGCGGGUAGUGCCCAUCGAGCUCGCCCCGGGCGUGAAGAGCAAAGACACUCAGGCUCUGACAGAUGGGGAGGCAGCCACUUCUACUAAGGACUAAUACUCUGGUGCCAGUCAAGUGGUCACACAAACAAAUGGUCACACAAACAAAUGGUCAUGCUGGUAUCAUGCCGACAAAGGAAGUACUUAGGCUGCUUGAUUUAAUCGAUUUUGACUGUUUUUCUCAGCACCUAACCAAAAGUUUUGCUAAAAGCAAUUGUUUUGUUUUGUUUGUUUUUUAUUUGUAAAUGUCGUUUUACCUGGGGAAAAAAAUGUUUAACUAUCAGUUUCUUUCUGCACAUGUCUUUAAUAAUUAAAAGAAAGAAAUUAUUUCAGUUUUGGACAUUUGUUUGAGGCUUUCAUUCCAAAACAUGUUGCUGAACAGUAAAAUGGAAACUGCGUCUGGGCACAUUUAAUCCCCCCUAUCAGCUUUGGUAGCCUAUAAAUGGAUAUUCUGAGAUUGUAUUGUUUACAUGUUUACAUGUGUAACUAUGGAGCUUGGUGCUCUGUAGUUCUUUUCCUUUUUUCCCAAUUGUCUAUUUUCAGACCAUGACUGAAAUUUAAUAUCCAUGUCUAUUCUUAUGAAUCGUGAGCUCACUCUUUUAUGUCUCGUCUCUUUGCCCUGCUUGGUAUUCUUUUAGAUAAAAUAUUUCAUUUUAAUGCACAUA